AUGCAGCGCACGCUCUCUGCGCCCCCCUUCGUCGCCGUCGAGGGCGUCUUCAACCUCCGCGACUUCGGGGGCUACCCUUCCUCCCUGCCCGCGCCCUCACAGUCAUCCGCGCCUGCGCCUGCGCGAAUCAAGCCGGGCUACCUCUUCCGCUCCGGGGACCCGUCGCGCAUCUCACCCGCAGGCGCCGCGCAGCUGCGCGCGCUGGGCGUAAAGAAGAUCUUCGACCUCCGCGCGCAAGUCGAGAUCGAGAGCUACCAGAGCGCGACGCCCAGGAUCGAAGGUGUCGAGUUCGUCAGCGCUGCGAUUUUGGAGGAGGCCUUGGACCCGGUGGCGAUAGCGGCGAGGCUGCAGCACUUCGCGGACAACGAGGCAGAUGCGUUCGUGAAGCUCUACACGCACAUCCUCGACACGGCGGGCGGGGCCUUGGAGAAGAUCUUGGUGCACAUGCGUGACAACCCGGACGAGCCGUGUCUGGUUCACUGCACCGCUGGCAAGGAUCGCACCGGUAACCUCGCUGCUGUGAUCCUCCUGCUGCUCGGUGCGCGCAACCAAGACAUCACGUCUGACUACACGCUCACCAUGGUCGGCCUCCAACCCGCGCUGCCGCUGCUUGCCAAGCGCUUCCAAGCGCUCCCGGCGUUCCGCGACAACUGGAAGGGUACACUCAGCCUCGGGUCCGCGCACCCGGAGACGAUGUCCGCCAUUCUCGACGUCCUGCAGACAAAGUACGGGGGCGCGGAAGGGUAUGUGAAGCAACACACGUCGCUAACCGACGCGGACAUUGCGCGCAUACGCAAGAACAUGCUCGUCCCUGAAACGUGA